UAUCCGGAGUGAAGAAAGCAGGAGAGGACUGAUGUUGGAGACCUCAACCACUGAAAGCUCCGCAAUGAUAGCUGAAGGAGGAACAAUCAUGGUUGCUAACCAGAGGAAAAGUGGGGUUCCAAAUAUGGAGAAAAAACACGAGGAGGUCUGGUGUACCCACUGUAACAAGCCGCGCCACACAAGAGAGAAGUGCUGGAAAUUACAUGGAAAACCCCCAAGCCGAGAAUGGGGGCCGAAAGGAGGCCCUCCAAAAAGAGGAGGGCAAGGGCAAGCAUACAUUGCUAAUGGACAAAGUGAAGAAUCUGUCCAGCUGAAUCAUGAAGAGAUAGAACGGGUCAGAUCCCUCCUUAGUAAAUUGGAGAAGCCCACAGGACAAGAACUCGGGGAGGACGAUUGGACAUGCUAGAGAAUGGAAUGGCCUAUACUACAUGGACGAUCCUAAUCUGCCUACCAAGAGCCGCUCUCUCAUAUCUGAAUCUACCAUGACCAAUAAAGAGAAAGCUCAACUAUACCAUUGUCGGCUAGGACACCCUUCAUUUCGAGUUGUAAAAGUGCUUUUC